AUGAUUACAAAACGAACAGCUGAUUUGCCUUUAAUCUGUCUUGUAUGUGGUGGUGUUGCACGUGGAAUCAAUUAUGAUGUCAUGACAUGUAUGCCUUGUAAAGUAUUUUUUCGACGGCAUAUACUAAAAUCAGACAUUAAUCUUCGAUGCCAAUUUAACAAUAAUUGUAAAAUAACACAAAAGACAAGAAGUAUUUGUUCAGCUUGUCGUUUAAAGAAAUGCUUUGCACUUGGUAUGAAUUUACAAUUAAUACGUCAUUGGUCUUAUAAUAAACUUAAAUCAAAACAUAAUCAACUUGUGAAAAAUAAAAUUGAAAAUGAAAGUCAAUUGCCAAAGGUUUGUUGAUUAAAAUAUUAUGAAUAAUAGAAAAGUAAUUAGAUAAAAUAUUCUUUACCUUUCAGCCUGUUAAGGCCCUCCCCGCCCACCGCCCCUCACCCCCCCCCCACCACCCCCCCCCCGACCCCCAACCCCCACCCCAUCACCGCCCCCCG